AUGGCAGCUGCUGUACACUACGUGUGCAUAAAAAGUAAUUUUCCUGUAGAAAAUAAACAUCAGUCUUUCUUCUAAACUAAGCUAGAGCUGGUUUUAUGGCCAUUUUUCUAUUGCCUACACUUGCUUUUUCAGCCACUGUCACUUAGGAAACCAGCAGGCUGAGACCGGUAGCUAGCUAGCUAGCUAGCUAAGCUAACGUAGGUAGCUAAAUAUUAUAGUAGGCCUAACUUGCUGCCAAAAAGCUUGCUAAGACUAUGUACAGUACCUUCAGAAAGUAUUCAUACCCCUUGACUUAUUCUACAUUUUGUUGUGAUUUUUACACAAUACCCAAUAACAUGUUUUUAGAUUUUCUUGCAAAUGUAUUGAAAAUGCAAUACAGAAAUACUAAUUUACAUAAGUAUUCACACCCCUGAGUCAAUACUUUGUAGAAGCACCUUUGGCAGCGAUUACAGCUGUGAGUCUUUCUGGGUAAGUCUCUAAGAGCUGUAGUGCCUGUGCUUAGCUCCAUUCCGUUUCUUUUUUAACCUGAAAAACUCCCCAGUCCUUAACGAUUACAAGCAUACCCAUAACAUGAUGCACCCACCACUAUGCUUGAAAAUGCGGAGAAUGGUACUCAGUAAUGUGUUGUAUUGGAUUUGCCAUCAACAUUUCACUUUGUAUUCAGGACAGAAAGUGAAUUGCUUUGCCACAUUUUUUGCAGUAUUACUUUGGUGCCUUGUUGCAAACAGGAUGCAUGUUUUGGAAUAUUUGUAUUCUGUACAGGCUUCCGUCUUUUCACUCUGUCAAUUAGGUUAGUAUUGCGGAGUACCUACAAUGUCUUUGAUCCAUCCUCAGUUUUCUCCUAUCACAGCCAUUCAACUCUGUAACUGUUUUAAAGUCACCAUUGGCCUAAUGGUAAAAUCUCUGAGCGGUUUCCUUCCUCUCCAUGCAACUUAUUAUGUGACUUGUUAAGCACAUUUUUACUCCUGAACUUAUUUAGGCUUGCCGUAUCAAAGGGGUUGAAUACUUAUUAACUCAAGACAUUUCAGCUUUUCAUUUUUCAUAAAUUUUCGAAAAAACGUAAUUCCACUUUGACAUUAUGGGGUAUUGUGUGUAGGCCUGUGACAAUACAUCUCCAUUUUUUAUUUAUUUUUAUUCAGGCUGUAACACAGCAAAAUGUGGAAAAAGUUAAGGGGUGUGAAUACUUUCUGAAGGCACUGUGAAUAGCGUACAGUAUAAACAAUCAAAUAAAUAUAUACUGAACAAAAAUAUAAACGCAACAUGUAAAGUGUUGGUCCCAUGUUUCAUGAAAUAAAAGAUCCCAGAAAUUUUUCAUAUGCUCAAAAAGCUUAUUUCUCUUAAAUGUUGUGCACAAAUUUGUUUACACCCCUGUUAGUGAGCAUUUCUCCUUUGCCAAGAUAAUCCACCUGGCAGGUGUGGCAUAUCAAGAAGCUGAUUAAACAGCAUGAUCAUUACACAGGUGCACCUUGUGCUGGGGACAAUAAAAGGUCACUCUAAAAUGUGCAGUUUGUCACACAACACAAUGCCACAAAUGUCUCAAGUUUUGAGGGAUUGGCAUGCUGACUGCAGGAAUGUCCACCAGAACUGUUGCCAGAGAAUUGAAUGUUCAUUUCUCUACCAUAAGCCGCCUCCAACGUCGUUUUAGAGAAUUUGGCAGUACGUCCAACUGGCCUCACAACCGCAGACUGCGUGUAACCACGCCAGCCCAGGACCUCCACAUCCGGCUUCUUCACCUGCGGGAGGCCAUUGGCACAUUGGAGAAGUGUGCUCUUCACGGAUGAAUCCCGGUUUCAACUGUAUGGGCAGAUGGUGUUGGGUGGCCGAGCGGUUUGAUGAUGUCAACGUUGUGAACAGAGUGCCCCAUGGAGGCAGUGAGGUUAUGUUAUGGGCAGGCAUAAGCUACGCACAAUGAACAGAAUAGCAUUUUAUCAAUGGCAAUUUGAAUGCACAGAGAUACCGUGACGAUAUCCUGAGGCCCAUUGUCGUGCCACUCAUCCGCCGCCAUCACCUCAUGUUUCAGCAUGAUAAUGCAUAGCCCCAUGUCGCAAGGAUUCCCAGAAGCUGAAAAUGUCCCAGUUCUUCCAUAGCCAGCAUACUCACCAGACAUGUCACCCAUUGAGCAUGUUUGAGAUGCUCUGGAUUGACGUGUACGACAGCGUGUUCCAGUUCCUGCCAACAUCCAGCAACUUCGCACAGCCAUUGAAGAGGAGUGGGACAACAUUCCACAGGCCACAAUCAACAGCCUGAUUAACUUUAUGCGAAGGAGAUGUGUCGCGCUACAUGCGGCAUGGUCACACCAGAUACUGACUGGUUUUCUGAUCCUCGCCCCUACCUUUUUUUUAAAGGUAUCUGUGACCAACAGAUGCAUAUCUGUAUUCCCAGUCAUAUGAAAUCCAUAGAUUAGGGCCUAAUGAAUUUAUUUCAAUUUACUGAUUUCCUUAUAUGAACUGUAACUGUGUUCAUAUUUUUGUUCAGUUUAUAUGGUGGAUGGCAACCAACUUUAAGGUGCAUUGCUCCACAAACUGGACUGAAGUGUGGACCUCGUUCAUCUUUCGUAAAAACCAAUGAGUAGAUGGGAGAGGCGGGACUUGCAGCAUGUCAAGCAUCUAAAAUAGAACCAAGUUAUGUUUUAGCGCCUGGCUACGCAGACACCUGUUGACGCGUGCGAGCAGUUUGGAUGAAAUGAUUGAAUAACAUGUGUGUACAUUUAUUUUGCAACGCUCACACACGCAACGCGGCUGGUUUGGUCAGUAUGUAAGAGCUGUUUGAAAAGACUGCCUGAAAUUUCAGCCUGUUUUGGUGGGAUGGAGUUUUGGCCUGCCUGGGGACAUCACCAGACCAAUAAGAAAGCGAGUUCCAACCCUCUCUGCCAAUAACAGCUAGACCACUCCCAGACAGUGCUAGCAAAAUUCUUGCUUCAGUAAUUGCUCUUUGCUAAGAAGCUAUUUUUGUUUCUUUUUGACCAUUUUAAUUGAAAACAAUCACAGUAAGGUACUUAAUUGUUACCCAGAAAUGACUUGAUAUUGAGAUAAAAAUGGCUGCAUUGGACCUUUAACUAAAGUAUAAAGACAUAUUUGAUAGUGCAGAGCAAUGUACAUGCCACUUUGGGAGUCUUAUAACGGUAUGUGUUUUCCUCACAGAUUAUGCCGGUGGAGGGUCCCUGUAUGACUACCUGUCCAGUGCAGAGAGUGAGGAGAUGGACCUGGGACAGGUUAUGACUUGGGCCAUGGAGAUUGCCAAAGGUACAGUGAUCAUUCAUUGUUUUAGCUCCUUUAAACCAGGCAAUGGUACAUCUUGUUGUGGAAUUUUUGCAUAGCCAUUUGACUAAACUAAAACACUGACUGAGAUUCCACAUUUGUUUUAGCUCAUUAGCAACUCAGCAGUAGAAUAUAUUUCAGAUAUGCCCGCUCAUGGUCUAUUCCAACUCAUUGUUAUUCUAGGCAUAUGUUUCUAAGAAUACGGUCUCAUUGAGAACAAGUGAAGUCAAAACAUGUAGGCCUACAUAUGAUUAAUCUGUGUCCCUAGUCUACAUAAGUAAUGGGCAUUGUGAGGAAGGCAUGGAUGAGGCAGAUGAACACAGACUUGUUUAUAUCAGCCAGGUUGCCCAUUGAUCGGUCAGAGGAAAUGUGCUUUAUUUCCCCAUCAGGCAUGCACUAUUUACACUCAGAGGCCCCAGUCAAGGUUAUCCACAGAGACCUGAAGUCCAGGAAUGGUAAAAUUUCAGAUUAAUCUGCAUGAUCUAGCCUUCUGUUAGGUGUCUGAGUCUAUACAAAAGACACCUCUGUUCUAACGGUUUACGUACAGUGGGGAGAACAAGUAUUUGAUACACUGCCGAUUUUGCAGGUUUUCCUACUUACAAAGCAUGUAGAGGUCUGUAAUUUGUAUCAUAGGUACACUUCAACUGUGAGAGACGGAAUCUAAAACAAAAAUCCAGAAAAUCACAUUGUAUGAUUUUUAAGUAAUUAAUUAGCAUUUUAUUGCAUGACAAGUAUUUGAUCACCUACCAACCAGUAAGAAUUCCGGCUCUCACAGACCUGUUAGUUUUUCUUUAAGAAGCCCUCCUGUUCUCCACUCAUUACCUGUAUUAACUGCACCUGUUUGAACUCGUUACCUGUAUAAAAGACACCUGUCCACACACUCAAUCAAACAGACUCCAACCUCUCCACAAUGUCCAAGACCAGAGAGCUGUGUAAGGACAUCAGGGAUAAAAUUGUAGACCUGCACAAGGCUGGGAUGGGCUACAGGACAAUAGGCAAGCAGCUUGGUGAGAAGGCAACAACUGUUGGCGCAAUUAUUAGAAAAUGGAAGAAGUUCAUGAUGACGGUCAAUCACCCUCGGUCUGGGGCUCCAUGCAAGAUCUCACCUCGUGGGGCAUCAAUGAUCAUGAGGAAGGUGAGGGAUCAGCCCAGAACUACACGGCAGGACCUGGUCAAUGACCUGAAGAGAGCUGGGAAUGGGAGAAGGUCAUGUGGUCUGAUGAGACAAAAAUAGAGCUUUUUGGUCUAAACUCCACUCGUAGUGUUUGGAGGAAGAAGAAGGAUGAGUACAACCCCAAGAACACCAUCCCAACCGUGAAGAAUGGAGGUGGAAACAUCAUUCUUUGGGGAUGCUUUUUGCAAAGGGGACAGGACGACUGCACCGUAUUGAGAGGAGGAUGGAUGGGGCCAUGUAUCACGAGAUCUUGGCCAACAACCUCCUUCCCUCAGUAAGAGCAUUGAAGAUGGGUCGUGGCUGGGUCUUCCAGCAUGACAACGACCCGAAACACACAGCCAGGGCAACUAAGGAGUGGCUCCAUAAGAAGCAUCUCAAGGUCCUGGAGUGGCCUAGCCAGUCUCCAGACCUGAACCCAAUAGAAAAUCUUUGGAGGGAGCUGAAAAUCCGUAUUGCCCAGCGACAGCCCCGAAACCUGAAGGAUCUGGAGAAGGUCUGUAUGGAGGAGUGGGCCAAAAUCCCUGCUGCAGUGUGUGCAAACCUGGUCAAGACCUACAGGAAACGUAUGAUCUCUGUAAUUGCAAACGAAGGUUUCUGUACCAAAUAUUAAGUUCUGCUUUUCUGAUGUAUCAAAUACUUAUGUCAUGCAAUAAAAUGCAAAUUAAUUACUUAAAAAUCAUACAAUGUGAUUUUCUGGAUUUUUGUUUUAGAUUCCGUCUCUCACAGUUGAAGUGUACCUAUGAUAAAAAUUACAGACCUCUACAUGCUUUGUAAGUAGGAAAACCUGCAAAAUCGGCAGUGUAUCAAAUACUUGUUCUCCCCACUGUAUAUAGCCAGAGGCAAAUAUUACUAAAGCUGAAUUAGAAGAAAACUGAAUAUACAUAGUUUUCCAGACUUGAAAAACAUGUUUUCUAUUGCAGUGGUUGUGACGGCAGACAAAGUUCUUAAGGUACAUUUGUUUGCACAUUCCUGAAUGCAUGGGAUCUAACGUUUGCAUACUGGUUUCACCCAAAUCCUUUUUAUCCCAACCCUUGCUAAAUCCCGGGCCUUCACCAGUACCUGUUUCCCUGUGUAGAUCUGUGAUUUUGGGGCGUCCCGGUUCCACUCCCACACCACACACAUGUCCCUGGUGGGCACGUUCCCCUGGAUGGCCCCGGAGGUCAUCCAGAGCCUGCCAGUGUCUGAGACCUGUGACACCUAUUCCUACGGCGUGGUGAGUGACCAACACAUAGGACACACACUGACCACAGAUCAGCUGUUGAUACUCAAUCCAAUAGUUACUGAGAAUGGGCUAUUUUUCUCAAGCUGAUUCUGCAAGACAAUCUGCUUGUGAUGUUCAUAUGUAUCGGCUCAUCCAUAUACUUUUAUUUACUAAGUACAGAAACCAUCAGAGAGAAACUUGUUUGACUAGGGACUGAACCAGCUUGGUAAGGAAGUUGCUUAGUUUGUAGAGGAAGCCAAAUAACAAGUAUGGUUAAGAAAUAGCUCUAAUGUCGCUGUUGCUACUGCAUGGCUGAGAAAGUAAACUGUCAAUCAACCAGUACCUAGCACUUGAAAGAACAGACUUUCAGAGAUGACAUUUUCAUGCAUUCAUUACUGCCUCUGGAAAAGUAGUCGUGAGCUGCAUUAUUGACCUUUGUAGAAGUGCUAGCAGCAAUUCCAUACGUUUUCUGCCACAUUUCUAUCACCAUUAGAAGAUGGAAUCUGUCAUCCCUGAGUAGAGAGAGAAUUUGAAGCCUGGGCAUAUUUCAGUGUGUGUGUGUGCAUGCGUAUGGCGUGUGUGUGUGCAUCCAUGUGUCUGUGCAUGGCCGUGCGUGACUGUUUGUGUAUCUGCCUGUCUGCGUGUGUGACUGCUCGGCUAUAUUCCUGGUGACGGAGAAGGUGUGAAGUGUAGAGUGACAGAGCAUAUAGGGGACGCUCUGAGUCACCCAGCCAAUCAAGGGCCUGACUCCUGAGUGCCAUAAAGAGUCAGUGAACAAACAGAGCAGGGCCUGAGGUCAGGCCAGCCAGCGUCUGGGUCAACACACUGUUCUCUAUCGCAAUCCACUUACACUGGGGUUUAUUUACCACACACAAUGUAAUUUACUGUAUUGUUAUAAAUGUGUAUUAUGUGUAGUGAUUUGUAUGAUGUGUAGUGAUUUGUAUGAUUGUAUGAUUUGUAUGGUUUUUUGCUCUCCUAAUAUGGUAACUAAUGUAUAACUAAAGUCUUAGUCUGUGUUGUAUCUCAGUUCAGUGGAAGACUGACCACACCAUGCAGUCUGUGGUGUAGAUGAGUCUUUCUAUAAAUAAUGGGGCCAAUGUGUGACAUUGGAUCAACAUUUCAAAAUGGUUUGAAACAAAAAUAAAAAGGACUUUCAUGCAGUUCCACAUGUGCACUUAGAGGAAUAAAAGUGAAUUUAUGCAAAUGGUCCCAUAACUCCACCUAUUCAACAACAUAGGCCUAGGACUAUACAUCAUUUAAGCUGGGUUCAUACAGACAUUGGCAAGUGAAAUUCUAAGACUUUCAGGGACUUUUUCAAGCACUUAAUUGUAUUUCAAGGAUCUCAAUGUUAUACAAUUGUAUAUUUUAUAUAAUUGUACAUAUGGGCCUGAUAUAGAACCCCCCCCUCCCCCCAAAAGUGUCAAAAAAGUAGGCCAUUACCACUUUAAGAAUAAUGAUUUUUUUUAGGCCUUGUCAAUGCAUUGGUAUUCUAAAAUAUGUGAGAAUAAUGUGGACAUUGCCUGACUAAAUAGAUUGGAUGCAUGCAUGGUGAUUUUUCUGUAGCCUGUGUGGUCGAUGCAGGCACACAUAAUAAAGCCAUGAAUAGCGGUAGCAUUAAUCUCACCAUUUGAAUCUCACCAUCGCUGUUUUUAUAAUGAGAAAGUGACCAAAAACCAGGUUCAUUUUUGAAUGAAGGAUUUGUAUGGAAAGACAAGUUGAAGCCAACAUUAGAUGUCGUCCUCAUAAUAACCGCACAUGGUUUUACCGCAACAGAGUAGCGCAACGCCCUUCAAUUGAAAUGGCGGGAAACAAACGAAAGUGGCCACAUCUCUCACAAAAAUGUAUCAAAAAUGAAAUCACAGAUAAUGAUAAGGGAGUAGGAAACUUAUAAAUUGCCUACAAUAAUUAGAAAAACUUUUCAAGCACCAAAUUGAGGAAAUGUCUGAUUUUCAAGGUAGGCCUAUUCCAGUAGCCUACUUGAAUUUUUGAGCUCCAAAUUCAAGUUCAAGUAGUCCUCGUAUCGUUUAAAAAUGCAGGUCUAACAUGGAAAACAAAAUGUAUUUGUCAUGUUAUUUCAUUACCAGAUUAUAUUGUGAAUAAGCCCACAAGGCUAUGUACAGUCAUUUGUUGUCAUUAUAAAUAGGGUGUACUCCCGAGUGGCUGGAUAAGAGCGUCUGCUAAAUGACUCAAAUGUAAAUGUAAAGAAUGAGACACAAAAAUAUUCUGGACAUUCCUCGCAAACACCUUUUUUUCCAGCACUUAGCGCAUGUGAUGCAACAACAGCCUAUCACAACAGCUGUUCGCCACUUGACUGUCAUUCAGAAAAUUCCUUCCUGGGUCAGAUGAUGAUAUGUGGAAAUAUCAAGGCAUAACUAUUCAGCUGGACACCAAAUGCACAUCCAACAUGUAAUAUGCAUAAUUAUUGAAGAACCACGUUAAUAACAGUAUAGAUUUAGGUUUUAAGUAUUAAGUUAAGGUGACUUUCGGUUAGACGCAUUCGAUUUUGCAAUGCAUUUGGAUUUGUGUGCCCAUGAAAACUGUUUUCACCCCAUAAUAUAAGGAGACACAAAAUGUUAUGUAGUUACACUGUAUUUCUGAGAUCUCUAUACAAAAAACUGUCCGAGAGCUUAACUGAUUAAUAUAUGAUAUAACAACAACUUACACUGCCAUAAAUGCAAGGACAGAAAAGUUAUGUUUUAAGUCGCACGAUUUUAAACAAAUCUGUCAAGACACCAACCAUGAUAAAGGGUUAAACAUAGGUUUUAAAUCAACUCGUGAUUUUUUUUGAAAAUACACUGCUCAAAAAAAUUAAGGGAACACUUAAACAACACAAUGUAACUCAAGUGAAUCACACUUCUGUGAAAUCAAACUGUCCACUUAGGAAGCAACACUGAUUGACAAUAAAUGUCACAUGCUGUUGGGCAAAUGGAAUAGACAACAGGUGGAAAUUAUAGGCAAUUAGCAAGACACCCCCAAUAAAGGACUGGUUUUGCAGGUGGUGACCACAGACUACUUCUCAGUUCCUAUGCUUCCUGGCUGAUGUUUUGGUCACUUUUGAAUGCUGGCGGUGCUUUCACUCUAGUGGUAGCAUGAGACGGAGUCUACAACCCACACAAGUGGCUCAGGUAGUGCAGCUCAUCCAGGAUGGCACAUCAAUGCGAGCUGUGGCAAGAAGGUUUGCUGUGUCUGUCAGCGUAGUGUCCAGAGCAUGGAGGCGCUACCAGGAGACAGGCCAGUACAUCAGGAGACGUGGAGGAGGCCGUAGGAGGGCAACAACCCAGCAGCAGGACUGCUACCUCCGCCUUUGUGCAAGGAGGAGCAGGAGGAGCACUGCCAGAGCCCUGCAAAAUGACCUCCAGCAGGCCACAAAUGUGCAUGUGUCUGCUCAAACGGUCAGAAACAGACUCCAUGAGGGUGGUAUGAGGGCCUGACGUCCACAGGUGGGGGUUGUGCUUACAGCCCAACACCGUGCAGGACGUUUGGCAUUUGCCAGAGAACACCAAGAUUGGCAAAUUUGCCACUGGCGCCCUGUGCUCUUCACAGAUGAAAGCAGGUUCACACUGAGCACAUGUGACAGACGUGACAGAGUCUGGAGACGCCGUGGAGAACGUUCUGCUGCCUGCAACAUCCUCCAGCAUGACCGGUUUGGCAGUGGGUCAGUCAUGGUGUGGGGUGGCAUUUCUUUGGGGGGCCGCACAGCCCUCCAUGUGCUCGCCAGAGGUAGCCUGACUGCCAUUAGGUACUGAGAUGAGAUCCUCAGACCCCUUGUGAGACCAUAUGCUGGUGCGGUUGGCCCUGGGUUCCUCCUAAUGCAAGACAAUGCUAGACCUCAUGUGGCUGGAGUGUGUCAGCAGUUCCUGCAAGAGGAAGGCAUUGAUACUAUGGACUGGCCCGCCCGUUCCCCAGACCUGAAUCCAAUUGAGCACAUCUGGGACAUCAUGUGUCGCUCCAUCCACCAACGCCACGUUGCACCACAGACUGUCCAGGAGUUGGCGGAUGCUUUAGUCCAGGUCUGGGAGGAGAUCCCUCAGGAGACCAUCCGCCACCUCAUCAGGAGCAUGCCCAGGCGUUGUAGGGAGGUCAUACAGGCACGUGGAGGCCACACACACUACUGAGCCUCAUUUUGACUUGUUUUAAGGACAUUACAUCAAAGUUGGAUCAGCCUGUAGUGUGGUUUUCCACUUUAAUUUUGAGGGUGACUCCAAAUCCAGACCUCCAUGGGUUGAUACAUUUGAUUUCCAUUGAUAAUUAUUGUGUGAUUUUGUUGUCAGCACAUUCAACUAUGUAAAGAAAAAAGUAUUUAAUAAGAUUAUUUCAUUCAUUCAGAUCUAGGAUGUGUUAUUUUAGUGUUCCCUUAAUUUCUUUGAGCAGUGUAGUUAUGAUCCCCGCUUAUAUCUUAAUCAGAGGAGGCUCUUUAGAGGAGGACCAUCCUCAGUGAAUUUCAUAAAAAUAAAAAUAGUGAAACAUACUUUUAUCCUUUUUAGAUAAAAGUAUACAAAAUAUAUUUACAUGCCACCAAAUAAUUAAUUAAAACUCACUGUUUUGCAAUGAAGAUCUACAGUAGACUCAACAGCACACUGUAGGGUAACACCAUGGUGUAGCCGGAGGACAAAUCGUUUCUGGGUAUAUUGACAUCAAUACAAAACCUAGGAGGCUCAUGGUUCUCACCCCCUUCCAUAGACUUACACAGUAAUUAUGUCAAAUUCCAGAGGAUGUCCUCCAACCUAUCAGAAUUCUUGCAGCAUGAACUGACAUGUUGUCCACCCAGUCAAAGGAUCAGAUAAUCUGUUGCUGAAAGCAUAAGCUACAGCUAGCUAGCACUUCAGUGCAUAAAAUGUGGUGAGUAGUUGACUCAAAGAGAGAGAAAGACAAUAGUUGAAUCGUUUUGAACAAAUUAAUUUCUUCAAAAAUGAUGGAGAAGCCAAGAGAGAGAGAGAUUUCCUUGUAUUUCUUUCACUUUCCCUUACUUAUCUAGCGAAUGCAGCUAACUAGAUUAGCCUACUCAAACACCCGGCUCAAACAGAGAGGGAUGCUAUGUUAGCUACCUGGCUUUGGCUAUCCAAUACUGGAACUCUUCCAAGUCAAGGUAAGCUUUUGGUUUUAUGAAUUUAUUGCGACCGGGCCAUCAGUGUAACUGCUAAACUGCUUGCUGUCUGUACACUGUACUGCAUGAUAGUAGAGCGUUUACUAACUCGUUAGUUCUAUUAGCUAUGUUGACUAUGACGUUAGCUAAUAUGGUGACAGGCUGUAGGCUGUAUGUAGAGGUUAGCAGUUAUGAUAUGAAGGUUUGGCUGGGAAAGGUUUUAUCGCCUGGUCACAGACAGCUGAUGUGUUGUGCACUGAAGUCCACAUGCGAAGGGAAAAGUUGAGAGGAGGAGAGCACGUAGAUGAGAGAAGGAAUUAUACAAUGAGCAAAGUGAUCAUUCUGUUUGUAUGUGGCUACUAUGAAAGUGAACUGUUUUUGCGUGUGAUUCAAAUAAAAUAAAAUUAUAUUUGUCACAUACACGUGUUUAGCAGAUGUUAUUGCGGGUGUAACGAAAUGCUUGUGCUUCUAGCUCCGACAGUGCAGUAAUAUCUAACAUGUAAAAUCUAACAAUAUAUACAACAUAUACCCAAUACACACAAAUCUAGUAAGGAAUGGAAUUUAAGAAUAUAUACAUAUAUUGACAAGCAAUGACAGAGCGGCAUGGACUAGAAUAUUAUAGAAUAGAAUACAGUAUAUACAAAUGAGAUGAGUAGUGCAAGAUAUGUAAACAUUAUUAAAGUGACUAGUGUUCCAUUUCUGAAAGUGGCCAGUGAUUUCAAUAGGCAGCAGCAGCCUAUAAUGUGCUAGUGAUGGGUAUUUAACAGUCUGAUGGACUUGAGAUAGAAGCUGUUUUUCAUUCUCACGGUCCCAGCUUUGAUGCACCUGUAUUGACCUUGCCUUCUGGAUGAUAGUGGGGUGAACAGGCAGUGGCUCGGGUGGUUGAUGUCAUUGGUGAUCUUUUUGGCCUUCCUGUGACAUUGGGUGCUGUAGGUGUCUUGGAGGGCGGGUAGUUUGCCCCCGGUAAUGCGUUCGGCAGACUGCACCACCCUCUGGAGAGCCCUGCAGUUGCGGGCGGUGCAGUUGCCGUACCAGGCAGUGAUACAGCCGACAGGAUGCUCUCAAUUGUGCAUCUGUAAAAGUUUGUGAGGGUUCUGGUGCCAAGCCAAAUGUCUUCAGCCUCCUGAGGUUGAAGAGGCUCUGUUGCGCCUUCUUCACCACACUGUCUGGAUCAUUUCAGUUUGUCAGUGAUGUGUACGCCAAGGAACUUGAAGAUUUUUACCUUCUCCACUGCAGUCCCAUCGAUGUGGAUAGGGGGGGUGCACCCUCUGCUGUUUCCUGAAGUCCACAAUCAUCUCCUUUGUUUUGUUGACGUUGAGUGAAAGGUUAUUUUCCUGGCACCACAUUAGGGGUGUCUUCAUGCUGCCGAUUCUGUUGAAAAACGUUUCUUAAAACAUUUUACAUUACAUUUACAUUUUAGUCAUUUAGCAGACGCUCUUAUCCAGAGCGACUUACAGUUAGUGAGUGCAUACAUUAUUAUUUUUUAUUUUUUAUUUUUUCAUACUGGGAAUCGAACCCACAACCCUGGCGUUGCAAACGCCAUGCUCUACCAACUGAGCUACAUCCCUGCCGGCCAUUCCCUCCCCUACCCUGGACGACGCCGGGCCAAUUCGCCCCAUGGGACUCUCGGUCACGGCCGGCUACGACAGAGCCUGGAUUCGAACCAGGAUCUCUAGUGGCACAGCUAGCAUUGCGAUGCAGCGCCUUAGACCGGAAGCAAACGUAACAAAAUGGGGAUAAACAUACCUGAAUUUGUCCAAUAGAAACUCUUAUUUGCAACUGUUGGACCAAUGAUUACACCCUAGAUCAGCUACAUGCAGGCAAGAGUGUGCAAGGUGGUAUUGAAUGUGUCACUGUUUGUCACCUUGAUUACUCAAAUUUAUCUCGACCUGUGCACCUACUCAAAUUUAAUUAAUAGGCUAGGUUAUACCAACCUCAUGAUGGGUAUAGGGAAAAUUGGAGUAUCAUGUAGUAGCCUAUACCUAACGAUGGUACAUUGAGCUGGGUGAAUGGAAUAUGAAUGACAGUAUGCUGUAAUAGAAAUAAGGCCAUGCUCAUAAAAAAAGAAUCGUCCUCCCUCAACUUAAACGGCACCGACCGCCACUGAUCUUAAUGUAAUGACAUGAAGAAAAUUGACAGAUUAUUAUCAAUGACUUAUCAACAGCAGUAAUAAAUUAUCCAGUGUAGGAAAUCCUCACUGGUACCCUAGUUUAUAGAAAGACUUAGAUGCAUUUGCUCGUUGACUGACCAUGACCCUUCUCGUUUCCCUGUGUCAGGUUCUGUGGGAGAUGCUCACCCGGGAGAUUCCCUUUAAAGGCCUGGAGGGUUUACAAGUCGCCUGGCUGGUGGUGGAGAAGAGUGAGGUACAGCUUCACUUCCUUUUUCCUUUUUCCUCAUUAUGCAGUCUUCUAGGAACAGAUUGACUGUAGAUGGAUUGGAGCUUCCUCUAUCUAUGCUAAUAGAUGUUGUGAAGAGACAGAUUCCUGACAGUUUUUCUUAAUGAGCCAGUGUAUCUUUACAGGAAUCAUUUCAGUCAUCACACACCAGUAUAGCUAGUUGGGGAUCGUCAUAUGGGCCUAAGCCAAUUGAUCCCACUCAUGCAAAAUCUGCAUUCUCAGAACGGAGUUGAGACGCUUGUUGACUAUAUGGACAUCUCUUGCAUGUCUCACUCACCAGGUCUCCUGUCACAUAAGUCAUCCAUAUAUUUGAUCUGACCUCAGAACUGAAAGCUGAGACUACAGCAAUCCUUUCAGUGAGUGUGUGUGUGACUGUGUCUGUCUGUUCCAGAGGUUAACCAUUCCCAGUAGCUGCCCAGCCAGUUUCGCUGAGCUGAUGAUGAAGUGCUGGGUGACUGAGCCCAAGGUACGACAUCCUCACGCACACAGAGAUCCUAUUAAAUUAUAUGUAAUUUGAUGCUAACGCACACAUACAAACUCACACAUAGCCACUGUGCACAAUAGACUCAGCACACAAGUCAGUACUACAGUGGAUAAUACUAAUGAGUUAUGUUAUGUUACAUACAGUUACGAGGCCAGUCCAAUAGUCAUGAAUAGAUAGAUAUACUACAUGUCUGCUUAUGAAUAUCACACUUUUUUGUUUCGUUUCCAUCUAGGAAAGACCAAUGUUCAAACAUAUCCUUACAACCCUGGAGUCCAUGUCCAAUGACAGCAAGCUUCCCGAACAGUGCAACUCCUUCCUACACAACAAGGCAGAAUGGAGGUACUGAGAUCAUACUGUACGACUGCAAUCCUCUCUAUCUCUUCUAGACAAACACUGCUAGAGUCUAAGGAUAUGCCAGAACUGUUUCAAAUCAAUAGGCCCGUCUAUGUGCAAGUGCUGCUUUUGUGGGCCACUAAAUGUAUGAAGGGAUUUUGGGAGUGUGCAUACAGAUCUUUUAUAAUUGCACUGAUAACAUAAAGGCAUCAAAUAUCUAAAGAAUCCCCCAUCUGGAUCUCCUUCCUCUCUAUACCCAUAAGGUCUAAAAAAUAAUCAACAUCUUUUUCAAGUCCAAGUGUUUAAUUGGCCUGUAUGAGCAGCUGGAGGAUUAGUGGUGUUCAGCACAGCCUGGGUGUCAGCUGCUACUGAUUUCUCUCUCUUUGGGCUUUUCUACGCUCACAACUCUUCAUAGAGACGUGUCCAAGCAGGCAUCUGCAAGUGAGCUGCUCAGUAGUGAGAGUCGAUCAGGAACAUGUGCGUUAGAGAGAGGGAAGUGUUGCACACCAAGGACAGUAGUAGUAGCUAGCUAGUAAGAAACAGGAGAAGAGUGGAAUGGUGCGGCCUGAGCUCCUCUUGCAUCAGAGGCAAACGUGUUGCAGGAGCGGUGUGUUAUAGUUUCUCAUUACCCUGGUCAGAAGGGAGUCCCUGUGCAGACAGAUGCUGUUUGCUGACUGGGCUGGACCACCACAGGUUUGGGAUACAGUCUGCCAGCAACGGUGUAUUUAUCCAUGGUUCUACUACUAGGUAUGGUACAUACAGGGUGGCAGGUAGCCUAGCAGUUAGAGCUUUGGGCCAAGGUCGCUUGUUCGAAUCCCAGAGCAGAGAAGAUGAAAAAUCUGUCGAUGCGCUCUUGAGCAAGGCACUUAACCCUAAUUGCUCCAGGUUCGCCAUUUAGUAAUGGCUGACCCUGGCCAUGACCCCACUCUUCCAAUUCACACAUGCAUAUAAUACAAACUUGUACAUGUGUGAAAUAGGACAAAUAUAAUCACCCACCAAAUUAUUAUAAUAAGCAACUGUCCCACUGAUGAAGGCUCAAAGGUAUUGUCAAUUCUGGCGCUUGGAAACAAGUGUUACAGUAAAACCAGGAGUAUGUCUCCUGUAUUUGCGUCACAGGAGGUUGGUGGCACCUUAAUUGGGGAGAAUGGGCUCGUGGUAAUGACUGGAGCGGAAUGGUAUCAAAUACAUCAAACGCAUGGUUUCCAGGUGUUUGAUGCCAUUCCAUUUGCGCCGUUCUGGCCUCCACUGAUUUGCAUGGCUCCUGGUGUUGGCUAUGUUAAAUCUGGCCUCAUGCUAUGUUUCUUCUCUCUUAUCAGACUGUUAGUCCAGUGAACAGUGGCUGUCUGUCUCAUUAGCCAUCAAUGCACUCAUUUGUGUAAUAGUGUCAGUUAGAAGCUGCUCACUGCUCUGUAAGGAUGGCUCUGAGGGCUCUUGUUGCAGUCUAUAUUAAGGCAGUUUGCACAUGGUCCAGUAGAGCAUGAAGAGACUCCUCUUUUCGCUGUUUCUCUGGCACCUGUCUGGAUCAGGGAGGAGGAGCAGAGAGGGGGAGUUAGUUGGGGAGGGAAAGAAAGGGCGAGUUAGAGUGCUGGGGGAGGAAAUGUGAGAGGUAUUAGAAAAACCUGUAUACGAGCAGGGUAGGAGGACGAGAAAUACAGAGUGUUUGUCUGGAAAAGCGACAAGCAAGAGAAUCAAUUAUGAGGGAAGUUUCGAGCAUUAGUGGAAAGUCUUUGAGGCAGGGAUGGGAGGGGGGAGGGGAGGGGAGGAGUGCGAGGACUGUGUGGAUGCAGGAACAUGGCAGGAGUUCCUGUCUGUGUCACAUGCCUGUUUAUAAGUAGUUACUUUGAGAGCCGAUUGUCUUGGCCUCUGACUCAGCAUGGCUACCCACGGUGCAACACACAGCCCAACACACAGCCCAACUUGCUAGACAAAGCAGACCAGACCAUUCAGUAGGUAAACUGCAUUAGCAAAUACACUGGAAGAUAAGUGUUCCUCUACUGUCUGUGGCCUUAGGGCUGUUACUAAAAGGGCAGAAUCCAAACUUGAGAAACACAUGCAUAACUCUGAACUUUUGUGUAUAUUGCAUGGAUGUCAGUGAGAGAUAUGAGUUGGAAUUUGAGUUAAGCACAAUACCUCAAGUCAACGGUUAAACACCAGUAUUAUAAGUGCAGAGUUGUAUGUGAUGAGGUGGAUGAUGUUGGUUACUAAACACAUCAGGGGUGUCAUACCCUAGCUCAAGACCAAAACUGUAAAGUAGGCAACAACAAAAAAAGUAGACUAAAAUCAUUCUAAUCCCGAUUAAAAUGCAACGGCUGUUUACUGUAAUGGCUGGCUGGAGGGCUUUAGGACCAUGCGGAGCAUCACUCGGAGAGCAGCUGCCAGCCUGCAGCCUUUUCUCUCACUUUUAGAAAGCAGAGACAGUGAGAGUUUGCUUUGCCUGUCAGCCGUUUAGGCAGUGGGCUGAUUGGUUUGAAUUUGAUGUCGGCAUUUGAACUCUGCCUUUUAAACCUUGUUGUAAUCUGAUAACCAGGGAUUAAUUGAAUUGGGAAUUGGGAGGUGGGGGAGCCCUCCUUUUUGGUCACCAUUUGCAACCAAAAGCUAUACUGAACAAAAAUAUAAACGCAACAUGCAACAAUUCAAAGAUUUUACUGAGUUACAGUUCAUAUAAGGAAAUCAGUCAAUUGAAAUAAAUUAAUUAGGCCCUAAUCUAUGGAUUCCACAUAACUGGAAAUACAGAUAUACAUCUGUUUGUCAUAGAUACCUUUAAAAAAAGUAGGGAUUGGAUCAGAAAACCAGUCAGUAUCUGGUGUGACCACUUUUUGCCUCUUGCAGCGUGACACAUCUCCUUCGCAUAGAGUUCAUCAGGCUGUUGAUUGUGGCCUGUGGAAUGUUGUCCCACUCCUCUUCAAUGGCUGUGCGUAGUUGCUGGAUAUUGGCGGGAACUGGAACACGCUGACGUACACGUCGAUCCAGAGCGUCCCAAACAUGCUCAAUGGGUGACAUGUCUGGUGAGUAUGCAGGCCAUUAAAGAACUGGGACAUUUUCAGCUUCCAGGAAUUGUGUACACAGAUCCUUGCGACAUGGGGCCGUGCAUUAUCAUGCUGAAACAUGAGGUGAUGGUGGUGGAUGAAUGGCUUGACAAUGGGCUUCAGCAUCUCGUCACGGUAUCUCUGUGCAUUCAAAUUGCCAUCGAUAAAAUGCAAUUGUGUUUGUUGUCCGUAGCUUAUGUCUGCUAUCUUCCCGGUACAGUUGAAACCGGGAUUCAUCCGUGAAGAGCACACUUCUCCAGCGUGCCAGUGGCCAUUGAAGGUAAACAUUUGCCCACCUGAGACACCGAACUGCAGUCGGGUCAAGACCCUGGUGAAGACGAUGAGCAUGCAGAUGAGCUUCCCUGAGACUGUUUCUGACAGUUUAUGCAGAAAUUAUUCGGUUGUGCAAACCCACAGUUUCAUCAGCUGUCCAGGUGGCUGGUCUCAGACGAUCCCGCAGGUGAAGAAGCCAGAUGUGGAGGACUUGGGCUGGGCUGGGCUUCUCUAAAACUAUGUUGGAGGCGGCUUAUGGUAGAGAAAUGAACAUUCAAUUCUCUGGCAACAGCUCUGGUGGACAUUCCUGCAGUCAGCAUGCCAAUUGCAGGCUCCCUCAAAACUUGAGACAGCUGUGGCAUUGUGUUGUGUGACAAAACUGCAUAUUUUAGAGUGGCCUUUUAUUGUCCCCAGCACAAGAUGCACCUGUGUAAUGAUUAUGCUGUUUAAUCAGCUUCCUGAUAUCCCACACCUUUCAGGUGGAUGGAUUAUCUUGGCAAAGGAGAAAUGCUCACUAACAGGGAGGUAAACCAAUUUCUGCAUAAAAUUAGAGAGAAAUAAGGUUUUUGUGCGUAUGGAAAAAUUUUCUACUUCAUCAUCAUCUUCUGCCUGCAUCCCUAAUCCCUACGUGUCUCUGAUAUAAUGCAUUUCCACCUCUCAGUCUAUCAGUCUAGUUUGUCCAUCUUCCUGAAUUAAAAAGUAGAUAUUCUAACAGAUCAAUCUUGCUUGCAAAACGUCAUUAAAUAUUGCGAAGUUAUUUAGCUAUAGUCAGUGCUUGACUUGGGCAGGAGCUCACCGGAGCUGAGUACCGGCACCUACACCUCUUUUAGAAUAUUAGCUGAAAAGUAUUGUGGAGCUCCUGCACCUAAAUAUAAACAGUAGUGGCACCCAAAAUGAGUACCGGCACCUAUUUCAGUCCAAGUCAAGUACUGGCUAUAGUGUAGAUGUAGGGCUGUUUAUUUUAUUUAUUCAGAAUGAGCAUUCAGAUAGUGCAACUGCUGUGUAGGCAACACAAUAAUAUCAGACAGAGAUAAGCUGGUCCGGGGAAGAAAUGUUCUCGGGCCAACCCCUCGUUGGCUACUAUGCUGCAAUAUUAAUAUUCCGGAGCCACCUUGUUGAUAAAAAAUGUUUCAAUAUUCUCUGAGCAGCCUUGUUGAUACAAUGCUUCAAUAUUCACCGAAUAUUUCCCUUCCCUGGCGAAUAAUGCAGACAGCAAAUGCAAAAAUGUGCUGGGCCACACACAUUACGAGGCAAUCAGAAGAAAAUUGGACUACCUGAAAUAAAAUAGUUUAUAUCCGCGUCAGCUGUUUUAUGCCCCGGUUACUUUCAACGUUGAUGUCGGCAUUUGAAGUCGGCCUGGUUUUGACUUUAUAACGUAUAUUAUGCAUCUAUUUAUAAUAAUAAAUAAUAAUAAUAAUAAUAAUUACAUCUAUUUCAUGUUGCACUGUAUGCGCCGUUCCACAAGUAAAUUAGUCAAUUUAUGAUGAGGUUGAGUUGAUUAGUGGUUGACAUUGUAGACACCGUUCCACAGACCUUUAAACCUAAUAUUGCGGUAAUAAUUAAUGGCUGGGGUCGUUUUGUUUUUGCUGUUCUCCAAAUAGCAUUUGAGAGUUUUUAAAUGAUGUAGAAAUGCAGUAUCGCUCACCCCACCCCACUUUGUCAUACCCUAGGUUUAGCUGAACUGACACCACUCAAACACAUCCCUAUGCUGUAUGUACUGUAGAUGUGAGAUCGAGGCCACACUGGAGAGACUGAAGAAGCUGGAGAGGGAUCUGAGCACCAAAGAGCAGGAACUGAAGGAGAGAGAACAACGCCUGAAAAUGUGGGAGCGCAAGCUCGUCGAGCAGUCCAACACCCCGGUAAGUUCCUCAGUAGCCUAUACCACCUGCACACCACCAACACCCUCAGCACAACCACAACCCCCACACACUGUCUAGUCACUGAACGUGAACAGCACCCCACCUUCACUGUGUUGGUCCAUGUGUCACGGCCCACGGUCCUGUCCACAUUGUCACAAGGGGAAGCAAAGAAUUAACUUUACUUCAGACCGGGGUCUGUCUGGAAUGAAGGGGAAUGGAAUGGAGGGAAAAUAUAAAAAUAAGGCUAGGUUCACUGAGUCUCACUGAUGGGUGGUUGUGUUGAGUAGAGGCAUUAGCUCAUUCUGCUACUCUGUGUGUGGCUAUGUCAUUGAGCUCCCAUUGGCCAUCAGUGAUAAUUAGAGGUCAGUGUAAUUUUAACGUUGGUAAUGCCAAUGUUGUCACGCAGAUAUAGGAGUCUUCGCUGCUUGUGUGUAUUUGCUUAUACUACCCUUUCUAUGUGAAGCUUCCAAAGGGACACCCCACUAGGCCUUGGCUUCCUGUUUCUGUUAUUGCUUUGGCAUGCAACACAUUUAACCUAAAUAUUACCUUUCUAGUUGGAUUUAUUGCUUGGAUUUGGUUUCCACACUUCCACAUUGUAGCACUAAUACUUUGUGAUGCACUGCACUAGAUCCUUUGUUAUGUCCAUUGUAUAAUUGCAUUCUACAGCCAUGCAUUGGGAAUGUCUUACAGUGCUUUGCCUUGGUAUACAUUUGACAUUAGUUUAAAUUGAUACAUGUACUGAUGUAUUGGGUAAGAAUCAGCAGCGUCAUCCUGAGAGAUGUGACCAUGUUAGCUAUCUCUUUAUUAUUCAUUUUCUCCUUCCUUAAUCUGUCCUGUAGACUCCAAUCGUUUCAGUCCAACCUUCUCUGAUAAUCCAAUUUAGUAUAUCUCUGAACUAUACUCUUCUAGUGUUUGACAAUCACCUUUUAUAUUGGGUAAAAAAGUAUUUCACAUUGAAUAAUUCGUCUUGGUGUAUGUGGUCUAAGACUGAGUUCCUUCCCUCCUUUUCUUUCCUGUCCUCUUUUCCUCCCUCUUCGUCCCUUCCUAUCCUCUCUCCCCCUCUCUCCCCCAUCUUUCCCUUUCAGCUGUUCUUACCUGUGAUGGCUAAGAUUAGCGCUGAGUCGUUCUAUGAGUCUAAGACGGAGGAGUCGAACAGUUUGGCGAUGUCGUGUCAGAUCAGAUCCUCCAGUAACGGGGAGGUGGAGGUGAUGAGUCUGCAGACCAUGAUGAAGGGCUUUGGGGACAUGUUUGCCUUGGACAUGGGGGGCCCUGUCCUGCACUCUGGCAUGCAGGUCAACGUGCAGGCCAAGCAGAACUCUUCCAAGUCCAGCACGUCAGAGAGGGCCGCAAAACCAACAUGGUCUUGGGGAUGUCAAACUUCAACUGGUCAGACGACAGUGAUUAGAGCGACCUGAUUGGUAGCAUCAGUAGCAUCUGUCAAUCAAUCACUUUAGACUGUGUCAAAACUGUGGUCUUGUAGUACACUCCCAUGCAUAUUCAUUUUCACAUCACUGGUGUUAUGGUACAUUAGUUAAUUCAUUACUAAUAGCUUUUUAUUCCUUGACUGUUUUUUUUGUUGUUGGAACAAUCCAUUUUCUUUUGCCCACGUUCUUUUGAAAAACGAUAAAGCAUAUCCUAAGAUACAAUACUUGUUGUAGAACAGAGAUGUUCUUCUCGCUGUAUGAACAGAAUGGAUUAGAAACCUUCCGCCUACAUGGCACUCAUGGAUGGCAUUUAUGCCUAAUGUACUGGAUGUAUAGUGCCAUGCUGUGAAGAAAGAGCCAUGGGAGCAAGUUGCAUUGAGGAGGCGAAGCUUUUAUGAUGAAGUGACAUUCUGCUGACAUUAAGAUUGGCCAAUUUGUUCUGAAUGUGGUGGAGUGCAGUUGCUCUGAUUGAGUCUCUCACCAGGACGAGAAAGUACAUGUUGUGUGUCUCGGCUGACCCAGACUCAUGUCAGCAGAAGAGAGAGAAAAGGUUUCCUGAUAGCCAUGUUAAACUACAGACCUCCAGUGCCUUUUUCUGUAUACACUGUGUUAGGAAGAUUUGGAUUUCAGGACCGCAUACCAUGGCUUAUUGGUGCACUAUAGGUGUUUGUGUAAAGUCUCACUUCGUGUGCUGGUUGACAGCUGCAUGUUACAGAUACAUAUAAUCACGAUGUUUGUGAGGAGUGCCAUAGACCUUAGACUACAACACCUUGACAGGGGUAAGUUCUCAUAGACAAAAGGCAACUGUAUAGGACCUUUAUUCCACUAACUCUGUUAUUCAGUGGUAGAAGGUUAGCAUUUCAUUAAAUUAUUUAUAAAGUAAUAACAGUAUUUCAUUGGAGAGAUGAUAUGAAAUACUCUUUAGAGGGCUUCUCUAAGCUAAUGACUAUCUAUCAGCUAAACAUGUUUGCAUUUGCACCAACAGUUUUGACCACAGACCAAAGUGUGUUUAACAACCCCCAAAGUGAGCCUAUUGAAGCUCACCUAACAAGUGCCAUCACCAAAUGCCCUGUAAAUUCUGCUAUUUAUGGACAUAUGGGAGCUCUUCUCUUCUAAACAUAUCCAAUAUGGAGGAUAUUUCUGUCUGACUCUGGCCCUGCAGGUUUCACCUCUUUCUACUUUGUUGAUGUAUGUUUUUGUAUUCUGUUGUGUAGUUAUUAAACCUAGUCACUCCGAAACACAUCCAUUGACAUUUACAUUUACAUUUACGUCAUUUAGCAGACGCUCUUAUCCAGAGCGACUUACAGUUAGUGACAUAGACAAUAACCAACCAAUACACUUCCUCAUGUGAAAGUCAACCACUUUGUAAGGUAUUUUCAAGACAUCUAAUUGCAAUAUAAUCUAUGCAAGCUUCAGCACCUUGGAUUAGUCCAAUUCCUUGGAUUAUUCCAAUAGUGUCUCUUUAAUGGUGUGCCAUAACUUUAUUAGACUUACUGCUUUUUGAUAUGAACAUAUUUUGCUGCAACCUCUACCGUUCCUUGUUUUUCAAUAAACAUUUUCUCAUUAAACUUCCUGCUUUGGUUCUUUAUUCUCCCUGUUUUCUUAAAUUUCCUUCUUCUUCGAUGAGGUUUAACGGCGGUUGGCAUCCAAUAAAUGUUGCAUUACCGCCACCAACUAGACUGGAGUAUAACUCCCUUAUACUGUGCUUGAAAAAGGAAAAUAAAUCAACAAAUACCCUACCAUCUAACCCUACACUAAUUAAAAACCCACCACCCUACUCCACUAUUUAAACCUAUCUAGUCCUACCUCAGGCCAACAGCCUGAAAGGACGGUACACCACCACUCAACAAACCCUUUAACUCUGUAACUCUUACUCAUACUGAAGCAUAUAUCACUUUUUGGCCUAUCCCUCUGUACUGACACAGAUCUACUACUCACACGAAUCCUCUCAGGAUCCCUCCCCCUUGACCCAUCUUCCUCAACUUUCUUCACUGCCUCAGCAUACGACACCCUCUGCUCUACUCUAACCCUGGUAACCUCAACCUCCCUCUUGCACUGGACAUUUCUGAUCCCCAGCCCCAUGGGCACCCCUACAAUUAACACACACCACAUCUUUCCCCAAUGCUACACAUUCCUUUGUCUCAUGCCCUUCUGCACACUUCUCGCACCUAGGAACCUCCCACCUACACACUGCUACCACAUGCCCGUAAGCUUGACACCUGUAACAAUGUAAUGUAUUCGGCACAUAAGCUCGUACGAGAUAACUGAAAUAUCCUAACAUUACUUUGUCAGGCAGAGACUUAACAUCAAAACUCUAAAGAACAGACAAUGACUCUUCUGUUUCACCACUCACGCCACCCUGUCUGCGUCGCACCAAACGACGAGCAUCACAAACACCAGGAAUCUUUCCCUUCAGUUGGUCCACUUUCACUUACCGCUACCCCAGUAAUCACUCCUUUCAAUGGCACCCUUUUCUUGAGAGCAAUACAAUUCACAUCUCUUGUCCCAAUUUGUUUGGCUCGAAGUCCCUGCUCCCUCUGACCAGCAGAAACACAAACAAUUAUCACAAGACCACUUCUGGGAUACCUUCACCGAUUCCACAGCACCCAACUCCUUUUUCACUCACUCUGAAACCAUAAAUGGAUCAGCCAAAAAGCAGGGGUCCACUUUCUCCAAAAAUGUCACUCUUACGGUCACAGACUCAUCUUUAUUCUGACCAUCAGUGCAAGCCUCGGGAUCCAAGGACUUCACCACACCUGCCACAUCCGAUAAUUCGGCCUAACUCACUUCCAUUUCUCAUCCUGUCUUCGAUCCGGCGUACGGUUCACUCUGCCUACACUUUCUACCAUUCUUCUUCGACAAACCAUCUCCCUUUUUUCCAAAAUGUUUACCCGACUCAAGCUCACCCUCUUCCUCCGUCUCUCUCUUCGACCUCCUCUGCCUCUCUUUUUCCCUCCAUUUCUCCUCCGUAUAUGUAUAUGUCUCGUUAUGAUAAUAUUGAACUUCUCCUAACAUACAUCUCGUUCUGGCCCUCUUAAGGGAUACCAUUCUCCCACUGUUAUCAUCCUCAACCUUUAUUGUCUUCUCACAUUUCCUCUUGGUCUUCCCAGUUCUGUUUACCUUGAAUCUAACAACUAAUUCAAAAAUGUUACAAUAACGUCACAACAAAGGUUUGUCAACCACAGAAUUCCAAAUGUGGCCAAUAAAAUAAGAGAAACAUUUUGUGCUAGGAAAAAAUUAACAAAAUGUGACUGGUGUUAGAAAUAUACACUACCAGUCAAUAGUUUGGACACACCUACUCAUUCAAUGGUUUUUCUUUAUUUAAAAAAAAAUAAAUUACAUUGUAGAAUAAUAGUGAAGACAUCAAACUAUGAAAUAACACAUAUGGGAUCAUGUAGUAACCAAAAAAGUGUUAAACAAAUCAAAAUUUAGUCAAAUAGUCACCCUUUGCCUUGAUGACAGCUUUGCACACUCUUGACAUUCUCUCUACUAAAGGACACCAAUAAGAAGAAGAUAUUUGCUUGGGCCAAGAAACACGAGCAAUGGACAUUAAACCGGUGGAAAUUUGUCCUUUGGUCUGGAGUCCAAAUUGGAGAUUUUUGGUUCCAACAGCCGUGUCUUUGUGAGACGCAGUGUGGGUGAACGGAUGAUCUCCGCAUGUGUAUUUCCCACCAGGAGGUGUUAUGAUGUGGGGGUGCUUUGCUGGUGACACUUAACGAGCAUGGCUACCACAGCAUACUGCAGCGGCGAUAUGCCAUCCCAUCUGGUUUGGGCUUAGUGGGACUAUCAUUUGUUUUUCAACAGGACAAUGACCCAACACACCUCCAGGCUGUGUAAGGGCUAUUUUACAAAGAAGGAGAGUGAUGGAGUGCUGCAUCAGAUGACCUGGCCUCCACAAUCCCCCGACCUCAACCCAAUUGAGAUGGUUUGGGAUGAGUUGGACCGCAGAGUGAAUGAAAAAUGCUCAGCAUAUGUGGGAACUCCUUCAAGACUGUUGGAAAAGCAUUCCAGGUGAAGUUGGUUGAGAGAAUGCCAAGAGUGUGCAAAGCUGUCAUCAAGGCAAAGGGUGGCUAUUUGAAGAAUAUAAAAUAUUUUGAUUUGUUUAACACUUUUUUGGUUACUACAUGAUUCCAUAUGUGUUAUUUCAUAGUUUUCAUGUCUUCACUAUUAUUCUACAAUGUAGAAAAUAGUAAAAAAUAAAGAAAAACCCUUGAACGAGUAGGUGUGUCCAAACUUUUGACUGGUACUGUAGCUUCAGAUGAGGUCUGGAAUAACUAUGUUUUAACAUGUAAGACCUGAAAUCAUUGUCAUAUUACAUUAAUUUAUUUGCAUUAGACCCAUGUUCACUGUGGUCCUCAAGGCUUCAAAAAAUACAUAUAGUCAAUGGCGGGAUUUCUAUCAUUAGCUAACUGGGCACCACUCAUACUUGGCACAUGAACACCAAUUUGUAUUGUAUACGUUACACUUACUGACAAUGCCUGCUUAAUUGCCCCCUCGGGGAUUGACAAAGUCGUAUUGAAUGGAGUUGAAUGUGUGGUGUAGCCGCUAGCCAACAGGUUUCCAAUGCUUGUCCGCCUCUAUACUGUAAUCAACUUGCUACAGUAUACUCCCAUUCCACAUGGGGGCAGAGUGGUGUGAACUACUGAACUCCUCUUCCCUGCCAAAGGAAUCCCAAAGGCUGAGCAGUUUCUGUUGACUUCCCUCCUUCCCCUCCUCUCAUCAAUUAAGAUCUGUUUCCAUUUGUCAACAGUAUGCUUUGGAUUUUAUUAAACGAUUUGAAGUAAUUUGUGAAAAACAAUAUGGCUCCUGUAAAUGCAAUAUUAUGUCACUUUAAUUAGGCAGUAUCUGUGAUGGAACUUUGGCAGUAGGGUAGGGGUGGUGUUUUUUUUAUGUGUUUACUUCCAAACCAUACCACUGGAGUAGACGAAAAAUGCAGCUGGGGGUGAGGGACUUUAGAAGGAAGUUGCAAAGAAGUGUAUCGCGCUAAUUCUAAAACGGCCCUCUUUGAAUGCGAUCUGUUGAGAUUGCCAUUCAGCUCAGGCUCUGGGCUGUGAUAAGAUUCCGUGGGAAGCAAAUAGAGAAUGCGCCGAUUAGUAAUUAAUUGAGUCAUCUUCCCCUCAAUUCUCCUGGUGCAUCAUUUCUACCACCACAUAGCAGCCUCACGAUCAUAAUGAUGAAAUUUGUAUUUUGGCUGGCUACUUUCUGCCUGAUUACACUUAAUGAACAGUAAAUUAUUUAUCAUUAAAAUGCAUCAUGAAAGAAAAGUCAGAUGGGCAUUGGACACAUUUCAGUUUGAGUUAGACCAUUAGGACCCAGUAAUCUUGAUUGCAGAACACAAUAGCUGCAAAAACUGUAUGUAAUGCACUGAUGUUCAUAAUUUUUUACUUGCACACACGAAUGCUAAAUGCAAGAUCUGUGUUGAGUCCAAACAUCAAGAAUAGGCAGCACAUUUCUUUAUUUGAGCUGGACACAUUUUAUUACAUGACCAUUAGAGCAGUAUUCCCUGGUACUAAUUCAGUUUUGUCUUUUUUCUUCACGCAGCUCCUUCCCAACUGUCAUAUUCAUUCCUGGACAGAGGAACAUGUGGUCAGUAUCAACACAACUACUUCCUCUUCCUUUGUGUAAUUAGCCAUUAAUAGCCAUUAUGGCUCCAUUGUUUAUGAAUAUUAAUGCUUUUCCAAUUCCAUCCCCACAGUACUUUUGGAUGCAGCAGAUAUUUGGGGCAGGUAUGUUCAAAGUCACCUUAUAGACUUCUCAUACUGUAGGUAUGGUCAAAUGAAUAAACGCAUCAUUUUGGCAUGUAUGUGUUUAAUUAGCAUUUGUUUUCCAUGUUCUCAGGAGAGGGGGCAUAUGGCAUGCAGCUGUAUGGUGACCUGUUUAAGGAAAACCACAUCACUGGCAAGAGGCUGCUGCUGCUCACGGAAACAGACAUGCGAGACCUGGGGGUCAGGUCCAAAGGUCACAUCAUGCACCUCAAGGUACCAUACUACCUUUCAAACUAGCGUGAACUAGCAAGUCAUUUCACAAUGUGUCCAUAUGGUAUAAUUAUUGAAAUUGAGCUAUAUGCUAAUACAAAUUAUUUUGAAGUUUGAAGGCUAUGUAUAACAUGCUUUCCCCAACAGAGUGAAAUUGAGAAGCUAACCAAUGAUUACAUUGGGCUCUUCCACUUCCCUCCACUAAUAAAGGUAUUGUAUUUAUUUCCCCUUUAAUGUUAUGAAAUGGUUGGCAUUGUUUACUGUUACAAUAUGUUCAGCCUGGAAAUCUCUGUUCCACAGGAUGAGUGUGCAGAGGAGGAGGAGGAGGAGAGGAGGAAGAUCGUUAAUCUGGAGCUGGUGUUUGGGUACCACUGGAAAGCAGGGACAGGUCACUCAGUAGGUUUUCAAUGGACACUGAAAAUAUUAUAUUACAAAUAACCAAGAUGUCUUGGUACUUUUUUAGGUAUUUUGUCCCUGCAUUUUCAAAUGUAUCUGUAAAAUAAUUUAGUCUCAGUUCUGGUUUGGUUCAAAUGCAUAUAGUAAUAGCUAACUUGUUGUCAGAUAAGAUUGAAACUUGUAUGUCAAGAUGGAAAUGCUCCUCUUCAAGAUGCUGUUUCUCUAGGUAAAGAUGCCCAUAUGGUCCCCAUCAAACUCAAGCAAACACUGACCACUGUUGCACUGAGCAUGCUUUGCCUUCAAGACAAAUCUUUGCAAGAGAAACAGAUGAAUAAAUAUUUCAUCUAAAGCCAUCCAUCCCACCCACCCCCACUUGCUCAUCGUCCUUUGUUAGGGUCUCAAACGCUGGAGAAAGGCUGCUUCUCCACUUGCUUUUUGAAUUUCAUCAAAAAUAGCCCAUUUAGCCAGAAGUCAUUUUCUUUUUAAAAGGCAAAUGUUAUUUAAUCUUUCAGCUGUUCAUUGUCCCAUCAUAAAUAGUCCCCUUUCAGUGAGUUCGACGGGGCUGAAACGAGCAUGCUAAUUGCCUCCCAUUUCUUCUGACAUGUGGUGCUUUAGUGGGUAGAAAACACAGCAGGGAGAAGGAAACAGGAGGCUGAGAAAAUGAGAGCUAAUUAUUUUCCCCUGCCUGGUGUCAGGUUCUGUGUCAGCCUUGUUUUUACAAACUGGAAGGUUUUUUGCACUAAAUAAAACAAACCCGCACUGCUUUUUUCCCACCUCUCUUUGCUGGCGGUGUCAUGGUAGCAGCUGCACUUCUCAAAGACAAAAUGAGGGCCUGCGAUUGUGCGGCCACCAUCUGACAACCACUGAGGGUCCCCUACUAAUGAGGAUAUCACCACGCAGCCAAGAGAAAGGUGCUGAAUUAUGUAUGAGUUGUCAUUAGACCAGACGCACUCCGGUCUUGGGCAUCAUUAUCAGACAUUGUUUCUACUGGAGUGAUUAGACCAGCAUAGACCUGGGGGCCCUGGUGCGACUGGCCAGGGCCGACACGGUGCUGCUGCCUGGUGUGUCUCGGAGCCAGAGCCUUCCUCAUGCUAGCUCCCCCUUUGAGCCCCGGCCAGUCCCUGGGGACGGUGCAGGAGUGGGCUGAGGCUCCUCAGACGAGUGUGUUAGUCGCACUUCUUUGAUGUCUUCUUCUGUGAUCCUCCACACAAUAGAUUGGUCCACACCGUGAACCCUGUGUGGUUAAGCAGUGACCUGUGGCUUCAUGGCUGGCUUUUGGGGAUGGCAAAAUCAUUACUGCUUUGUCAGCAUGCAAUAUUCAGUAGGAGUAUGGCGUUGGGGUUUUCUCAGAUUUGUAUUUCCUAGUGAGGAUUUGAUCCCUAUGUCCCUUGUGCAGCAAAGAUCGAAAUACUGAGUUUAUUUUCAGCUAACUGGAAUAACAUUAGCAUUAUACUGUAUUUUUCACAACAAAUAGCACCAUGUGUCAAGAUUCUGCAAACCAUAUCCACUACAGGAAAUAAUACUAGAUAUUCACCGUAACAACUUAUGUUUACCCCUGAAGUAAAAUAAAUGUCUUUGCAAAGAUAGGUUGUUAAUAUUCUCAUUAUUAUUAUUAAUGUUUGACCACUUGUUAUGUCAUUCUUCAUGCUUUGAUAAUUCAAGAGACAUGCUAUCAUCUAUGAUUCUGAGUGUACUUCAAAAUAGAGUGUGGGGAAAGCACUCAAUCUCCAAACAUUUGUCUUAAUUGGAUACUAGGUGAAAGCAGGAUUAAAAUAUAAAUGUACAACAUAACUUGUGCUUCUGUCAAAUUUGAUCAAAAUGUCAUAUAAAUUCACAUUCCAGAAAUGUUCAAUUCCAAGGAACUACCUCUAGGCUGUGCUGUUGGUUUAGGAAAAAUGAAGUUAGGUUCUCAACGGACAGCAGUUCUAUUUUCUAUUUUGUUAUUUGUUAUUUUUUUUUUGCGUAAAGCAACAUAGUUUGGGGCCAGGGCAGGGAUAAAUAAAUAUACUCUAAGACCUACAAUCUCUAUUUUUUAGGACUGCAAAUGGAAAACGUACAUGGAACUUGACGGAGAUGAAGUUGCAAUAACAUACAUCAAGGAUGUGACCUUUGAUGCCAACAGACAGGAUGUGGAUGUCCUGAAGAUGACCAAGGUGUGAUCAUAAGCAUUACGCCAUGCAAUGUGCUGAAAGGGCAUCCGGACUUAAAAUCAACAGUCACUUGUCCUUUACAUUUCUUUGUUGAAGGUUUUUAUGACCAUUGAAGGAGCAUACCCUUUUGCUAAAUGUUAUGACAUUUAAAAUCGCUCUUUGUAUCUCCAGAUAAAUGUAAUUAUUCCUUGAAUUUAUGUCAUUGCAGUGUUGAAGAUGCACAGUGCUAGCUAGCAUAUUCAUGAUGAUUAAUUACCAAUAUCAAACUAUUUACUUGCAGCCCCCAUUUGUGAUGGACAAAUGGGUAGUUGGACUACAGGACAAUCAGGUUGUUGACUGCAUUGUUAAUUAUGAGGUGAGUCAUUCAAAACAUUGCUAUAGGGAGACAGUCCUACAAUGACCUAACCAUUGCACGACAUAGGCCUACACUACACCAUCUUUAGGCUAAUCAUUACCAAUAAUAAGAAUUCUACAGUAAAAUGUAGGUCCACAGUGUACUGUAUGGUACGCCUUCAAAAAUUAAAUACAUUGAAUUUAAUUUGACAUGUAGAUGUGAUCUGAUGUUUAAAAUCAUCUACAGUGAUUGUUGUGUCCCUACAUUUGCCACUAGAAUGAUGUGAGAUCACCAAGGUGUACGAGACAUAGCCAUGCAGUGAUGUGGAACCCCACCAGUGGACGAGAUGAGAUCAAGACUGUGGAGCUGCUGAUAGAAACAUCCCAGUUGAACAUAGAAGGGAACCCCAGAAGCAGAUCAAAUUCAAAAGGUCAACUUUCCUUUCUAUGGUGCUUUGGAUGCCGAUUUCAUUGACAAAUGGUCUAUUUAAAGCUGUGUUAAAUACAGAAUGCACAAAUGUAUGCACACUUCUAUGUAGCCAACCCUACCAGUGGAUGUUCUUUCUUGUUCCAGAUGUGGAUCCCAGAUGGAUGUACAACCUGAGACAGAGGCAGCUGAAGAGCCAGUCAGCAGCAGAGCAGCAUGGUUCCCGGACCCCCACCGGUGGCUCAGAGACCCGCACCCUGUCUCAGUUCGUGUCUGCGUAUGGAGACCAGGCCUCUUCCUACGCUGCAGCAGUGCGGAGGUCUCCCAACCGCAGCUCCCUCUCACCCUGGUGCUCCCGCAGCUCCUCCCCCACCACCGGCCUGUCCGCCAUGCUCUCCCCCCUCUACCUGGGGUCAAAGGGCAGCAGCCCCUCCAGCACCACCUCAGAGAGCGCAUUGGAGCAUGAACACCCGCUCAGUGCUGGGGCAGUGCAUGGUUACCGCAGGCACGGCAGCUACUUUAAAAACUCAAUGACUGUGACAGAGGGCCACAACAGAGACACAUGGUCCCAUACAAGGGGCAACUUCACACAGAAUAAGUCCAGCAGAACCUCACAGCAAACGGGGUGGCCUCGGUCCAAUAGUUAUAGUGUAGCCGCUCAUAACCGGCCCGAGGGUGAUACCGGGCAUAUCAGCGCCUGUGGAAAACCCCAGUACAGAGCAAGAGAGGGCUAAAGUCAGUGAGGGGGGGUGGAUCAAAGUGGAGCGCCAGAAAAGGUUACUUCGACAGGACAAUAAACAGGUCAGAGGAAGACCGAGGAGAGGGGGUAGAGAUGGCCAUGGUGGUCGAAGUUGAGGAUAAUUUGCUGUUUGAAACUGUCUGAAUAGACUGGACAGCAGGUUUACUUUGAACAUUAUCCUUCACACUACUUCAAAAAUAUACAUUUUCUAAUUUUCUCUCCAGAGGGAUCUUUCUAGGGGUCAUUUGAGCUAGGGAGAAUUGUGAUUUAGGGAAUGAACACAAUUCAGUCUUUUAGGGCUGAAUUCUGAAUUGUACUCAAAUAUAUUUUAUAUUUAGCAUGUAAGCCUACAUAUAAUUUGUAGUUGUAUAUGUGAAGUGUUUUAUAUAAGGCUAUUGUAAAUUGUAUAGACUACAUUGUUGUAAUAUUUGUAUUUAUGAGAUCGAGAUAUUUGUGCCUUUUAUUACCAUAUUGAAAAGUUAAUGUACAUAUUGAUUCUUAAAAGGAAUAAAUGUUUUUAAUAGUCAAUAACUAUAUGUAGGGUAAAAAAACAACAACAGAUAAACAAAUAUGAAGUUCAUAGUAUUCUCUCAUUAUCCAAGGACAUGACCACCACACCUGGUGGCAUGGACGCGGGAGUUUUUCUAUAAACCCACCCCUUUAUGCACAUUUCUACGCUAUGAUUUCGCGCCAGGGCGUAGUACUUGAAAGGUUACAAGUUGGUGGAUCAGUAUAUUACAUAAUAUUUAAUAUAUUUGUUUUGAAAAAUAAGUGUCUAACACCGGUAUUUUGUGAAAUGUUUUUUCUAAUUUGUUGUGUCGCAUAUUUGUGUGUUCUGUUUUCCUUUUAGCUCGUAUUUUAAAACAAAAGUGUAUAUACCUUUCAAGACACUUUCCUGGCGCGGGAAAUUUCUCUGCCCCCAUUUGCAAGUCCGGAGGUGUUUCUCUGUAUUCAUGAAAGGACUGCAGAAACGUCUACACGAGUUUCGAUUGAGAUUCUUUGCAGAAAACUUUCAAGAAAACAAAAUGCGUCCUUCUUGCUCUAAGGUAAGGAAUGUGUCUUGAAGUAUAAUAAAUACAUAUUUAUCUUAAUAACUAUAUCAAAAAAUUACAGGGUACUUCAAGUUCUGAUUUUAUAGUUAGUUGCAGAGAAUGAUAGCUACCUCAAAUUCUGCUGUGGUAAACUUGUAGCUAGCUAACGUUGACUUCUAUUUUCUUGCUCACAUUUUAGUCAACCUGUUGCAUACUUUCAGCAAAAGCUGCUGCAGACUGCCUGCAGUCUCAUUGGAGUUGCAGUGCAACCAUUGCUUUGCCUUUGCUUCAAAUCAAGUAACCAUGUGUGAAUCUAGCCCGUUUUUUUUAUAUUAGGUAGCUAGUUAUGUUUUUAUCGUAACUAUUUCAGUGGCUACAAACUAGUUAUACCACUGUUUUGGCUACACAGAUUCAGAUUUUAUCCUGACAAGUUUUGUAAUUUAAAAUGUCGGUUGUAUCCACAAUCAAAGUUGGUGAAUCUUACUUGGCUACUACUGUAACGUUAGCUAGCUAGCUACUCACUGCUUUUUCUAUAGCUAACUUCAAUGACCUUAUAAGAUACAUUUGUGUUAGCUAAUGUACAGCUAUAUCACGGCUAACUUACCUUGUGGUGUCUGGAAUGAAUCUUGCAGUCACACCCCUACCAUCAUAGGUAUUGCUGCUUCUCUCCCUGUCCAGGAGGGCGGCAGUGUGCAGGCAGUUUCUAAAACUAAUAGUACUUACUGUGUUUAUAUGUCUAUGGUAUGAGCUUCUAUCCAUUGUUGUUCCUAACUCUUUCCGCUUGUCUCUCCAGCGCCAACGGGCCCCCCAGCCUCCUUCCAUCAGGAUGAGUUUGCGGAGCUUCCGUAACGUACCUCUGGUGCCCAUGGAGACAUCCUCUUCCUCCUCAGAUGACAGCUGUGAUAGUUUUGGCUCAGACGGUGGCUUUGCAAACACAGUAAGCCAAAUUGUUACGUUUCCAUCCAGUUACAAUUUAUGUUUUACCAUAUUCACUCAUCUAAUGAGUUAGUUGUUAAUGAAGGUUGUGGUUUCACUUUGUGCAGAAAAGUAGCUUCAGAGAAGCUAAGAAGGUGGCGGAGAGAGCCAAGGUGUUUGAGGCCAGCUCGGAGGAAGAGUCUCUCACUGGGUUCGAGAAUGCGUUCAGCAGUGAAAUGAGUGCCAUGGUGAGUUUUUUGUCUCGAUAUUACCAGCUUAAUUUUAUUACAAAAUGGUGGCUACUAUACACAAAAACCUUUCAGAAUGUGUGCUCAGACAAAUGUACUGUGUGUUUCAGAGAGUGGACUCUGACUCGGAGGAGUCAGUGGGGCCUCGGAGGAGGGGCCGUCGGUCCCAGACCCUGAAGGUGGCCAUGAAGUUCCCCACAAGGAGGGCCAUCCAGAAGACCACUGCAGCAGAGCCCCCUAAACAGCCCAAAGUCUCUACCAAACAGACCAAAAAAGAGUCUGAGUCCGACUCCAAGGAGGGAGACAACUUCAUGGACAAGAGAGCGCUUAACAUCAGGGAGAACAAAGCAAUGGUACAACGGGCUCAUUCGCAGGAGUCAUUCUGGCAGACGCCUACUGAGUGACAUUUGAGUGCUAAUGUUAUUUUUUCUCAAUUAUUUUAAUUAGCUUGCAAAGCUGAUGGCAGAACUCAACAAAAUACCUGGCUUCCCCAGAAGAACAUCCCUGCCUAUGAUGAAUACGGUAAGUGACACAAGAUGGAGGAUGAGGCUGUACUAUAAAACACAUAUCAGGAAACAGAAGAUUUGACUAUUGAUGUGAUGUCUAGCUACCAUGUUUGUUUUUGGACUGUAUUUGAUUGGGAAUGUUUUAAUUUCCUCUCAAGCCUCGCCGUGCCCCCCGCCAGUCUCUGGGAGCCUCAGGACCCCACAGGAGGAACCCUGAACGCACCUCUCGGCCCCACACUCGCUCCCGCACCCUGGUGGACGGCCCCCCCAGCCCCCCUCCAGAGGAAGAGGAGGACAAGUUCAGCCUGGUGCGCAGGAGCCGCUACUACGAGGAGGUGGAUGAGGCGGUGAGUGGCACACAUACCCUUGUUGACCUCACUGUUUGGUUGGUGACGAUGAGAGUCAAGUAAAGGUCCAUUUUUAGAAGUUUCCUGAUCUGUCCGUUCAACAAUAGUGAAUCUGAACUCCAGGAAUUGUCUGUUUGGUUGAUAUAUUUGUGAAUGUGUUUAUAGAAGGCGCCCCGUCGGCGCAGCUACAACGGGGUGCUGUCCAUUCCUCAUGUAAUGCGGCCUGUGGAGGACAUCUCCCAGAUGGAGCUGGACCUGAUCGCCAACAACGUGGGGGAGAAGGUGUACAACAGCUCCACUGUAAGUUCCCAUUCUUCUACAGUGGUACUCAAACGCCUGUCUUCAAAGUUUCACAUUCAUACUGCCACGUUCACCAAAUUCACCUCUCUGAUUUGCUUGACGUAGGGAUCCACUUGCCACCAGUGCCGCCAGAAGACGACCGACACCAAGACCAACUGCCGUAACCCAGAGUGUGUGGGAGUGAGGGGUCAGUUCUGUGGCCCAUGUCUCCGUAACCGCUACGGAGAGGAGGUCCGAGAUGCCCUUCUGGAUCCUGUAAGUACUGCACUUUUCUACUCCGAGCCAUCAAGAGACAGUGACACAUUCUUUGACUGUUGUGUUAAGAGACUGCAGCCUUGGUUGAACUGGUCUUGGUCUGUUGCAGGAGUGGGAGUGUCCGACAUGCAGAGGGAUCUGCAACUGCAGCUUCUGUAGAGCCAGAGAGGGUCGCUGUGCCACUGGAGUCCUGGUCUACCUGGCUAAAUACCACGGCUACAACAACGCCCAUGCCUACUUAAAAAGGUCAAUGCUACUACUGAAACACUUCAAUCGUAUUAGUACUGUGAUUGCUACUGUGUUGGGAAUUCAAACAUGGCUCUUUUUCUCUGCAGCCUUAAGAAGGAAAUGGAAGAGAGCCAGUAAACCAUGGAGGGCGUAACCUGAUUCUGGACCUGACUGACAACGUUCUAAUGUUAUAUGGCUUUAUAUUCCAUAAUGCAAAACUGUUAAUUCUUCUAUUGCUCCUGAUUCUGUAUUUUUUUUUCUUACAUUGUUUUAAAUGUAUACGUUUUAACGUCAAUUACGCAAUGUAAUUGAUAUGAGUCUUCAAUGUUUAUGCUGUUAUGAUGAAUUUCUUCAAUGUUUAUACUUGUUAUGUUUGCUUGUGACGUUCUCACUUUUAACCUGCAAGUUCUGAAAAAAACAAAAGAUGAAAUAUGUAAAGGUUGGUUGGCCUCUAUGGUAAUUGUAUUCAAGAUUCAUCAAUUUUUCUAUAAGGAAAUGUGCUUUUGACUUCAGUAAGGUUUAUCUGCUGUUUUUAGUCUCAGCUGUUGGAAGUUUUUUCCCCAGUCUCACACAGUUACUCUUGACUGUUUAGUAGUCCACCAUGCCCCUGCGGUGGUGAGAGUGGAGAGGACACAGUGAGCAGGGGGCCAUUGCCCUCCCCCUGAGCAGAGAGGGACUGUGUGAAAUACUACAGCGCCUGGUUAAAUCCUUCAUUAGAUAACUGUCACUAAUGGUGUGGAAACAAUUAGCAGCCUCUAAUGGGAAUCUCAUACCUGUAAAUCAAUUCUAUUAAAGCACUUUCUCGCUC